UUUCUUUUCCUGAGUGGUAAAAUUCUGUUAUAUAUCAGGAAAAUAUUCUAACACUUGGGAUUUGAGAUCACUUGACUUGGAUACACGACGGUCCAUAAUAAAUCGAUCAAAUGUAUUUAUAAAGCACCUUUUUAUGUCAGGAGAUAUCACAAAGUGCUUAUACAGAAACCCAGCCUACAACCCCAGUUGUGGUUCGGCUAGAAUAAGAUGAAUGCCUGGAAAGAAGAGUAGUAUUUGAGGCUAUUAGCUCUAUUUGCCUGUCAGAAGAAUCGUGGUGGAGUAUUGCGCUCCAGUAAACACCUUGCGUCCAGUGGUUGAUUCGCUGGAUGUAUUGUUGUCAUGAAUGAAUAAAAACGUGCGUGUGAGUCCGGGCGCAGCUCAGUCUGUAAGCAUGGAUACCACUAUUGGAGUCUCGUUUUUGGACCCGUUGAAUGAUUACGAGUUAAUUCAACGUAUUGGGACUGGCACGUAUGGUGAUGUGUUCAAGGCUCGAAACAUCAGGAGUUCAGCAAUGGCAGCCAUCAAAAUAGUCAAACUGGAUCCUGGUGAUAUCACAUCCAUCCAGCAGGAGAUCACUAUGAUGAAGGAAUGUAAGCACAAGAAUAUCGUGGCCUAUUUCGGCAGCUAUCACAGGAACACAAAAUUAUGGAUAUGCAUGGAGUACUGUGGAGGGGGGUCGUUACAAGACAUUUACCACGUGACUGGGCCGUUCAAGGAGAAGCAGAUAGCCUACAUCUGCAGAGAAACCCUCCAGGGCUUGUACCACCUGCAUGAGACAAGUAAAAUGCAUAGGGACAUAAAGAAACUGUGUUCCAGAGCCUUGAUGUUGAUGUCAAAAAGCAGCUUCCAGCCUCCCAGGCUCAAGGACAAGACCAAGUGGUCUGCAGGGUUCCAGAGCUUUGUGAAGAUGUCCCUCAUCAAGAACCCUAGGAAGAGGCCGUCGGCCGAAACGUUACUGCAGCACCCGUUUGUGACCCAGUUGCUGACCCGUAACCUGAUUAUUGAGCUGCUGGACAUGGCCAAUAACCCUGACCUCCACUCCACACACAGCAUGGACGACAACGAUCUGGAGAAUGGAGAAGCUGCUCCUGAUAAGAUCCAGUCUGCAGGGAAACUCCUGCCUGCAGAGAGGACUCUGUCUGAAGAGCAGCUGGACCAGGUGAAGUUUGGGCCUCCGUUGAGGAAAGUGACAGAGCCUUAUCCUGAUAUGCAAAGCUCGUAUGGAGACGAUUGGGACGUCUCAGAAGAGGACACUGAGUCACCGAGCCUGUUGGAAUGUGUGGAGGAAGCUCUGCAGCUGAGGAGCUUAACCAUUAAGAGAGUGCCAUCUGCUGGUGGGGGUAAAGGUGGGAGGAAGAGUGGGUUAUUCAGCCCUUCCACAGCCUCCCUGCCUGCCAUCAGCUCAUUCUGUCCCACCCUYGAGGACAAGGACCUCACCCUUGGCCCCAGCUCCAGCCUGGGGCCCGACUCCACCCACACACCCAAAAACUUCACGUCAGUCUUGGCCAGGUGUUCUGCAACUCAGGACAUCAGCAGACAGUGGUGUAGUGACCCCAGUGUUUCUGAGGGGGGCGCCGRACAGGCAGAGAAGAAGAAGACAGAAGGGGUGACCUCAUCAUGCAGAGAAACCUCUCUCUCUCCWGAGUGGAGCACACUGAGGAGGAAGACGAACUCUAGAGCUGAUUGUCAUGGACUCCCUCCUACCCCUCAAGUUCAUAUGGGCGCCUGUUUCUCUAAAGUCUUCAAUGGUUGUCCUUUGAAGAUCCACUGUGCUGUGACCUGGAUUCUCCCUAAAACUAGAGAUCAGUAUCUUAUUCUGGGGGCAGAAGAGGGUGUCUACACCCURAACCUCAACGAGCUCCAUGAGGACACCCUGGAGAAGUUGCUCCCACAGAGAUGUACCUGGCUGUUUGUCAUGAACAAUGUCUUGAUGUCCGUAUCAGGGAAGUCUUCCCAGCUGUACUCCCACAGUCUGACGGCUCUGUUUGAACAGAGGGGCCACAAGCAGCAGAAACAGAGUCACCUGUCCCUCAGUACCAACCGCCUCACUGAGAGGAUCAACCCCAGGCAGAGGGGGAAAUAUGCUGUAACUGUGAAGAUACCAGACACUAAAGGCUGCCGAAGAUGCAGCGUGGCAAGAAACCCACACACAGACAGCACGUUCCUGUGUGGGGCUGUACCAUCAGGUCUAAUUCUACUCUUGUGGUAUGAGCCUCUGCAGAAGUUCUUGCAGCUCAAGCAUAUAGACAUACGUCUACCGGAUUCGCUCCCUAUCUUUGAGCUACUGGUGUUAGUGAAGGAUGAGUUCCCACAGCUAUGUGUCGGGGUGGGGGACRGUGCUGCAGAGGGAGGGAAACCACCAACCAACCAGCAGCUGAAGUUCGACAUCAUAGAGUUGAACGGCACACCAAAUUCUUCACCAGAGAGUACGCCGGACCMGGGCCGGACCGGAGCCGGACCGGGAGCCAUGCAGGCAACACAGCUGGACAGAGACACGGUUCUCAUUGUACUGGAGAAGACUGUGAAGAUUGUCAACCUACAAGGUCUUCCCUCCAAGGAGCUGGCUGCUGAACUUGUCUUUGACUUCCCCAUUGAAACACUAAUUUGUUUACAGGACAGUGUUCUGGCUUUCUGGAAGCAUGGUCUUAAAGGGAGGAGUCUUCACACAAAUGAGGUCACGCAGGAAAUCACAGACGAAAGCAGAGUAUUCCAGGUCUUGGGGACGAAUAGGGAUAUUGUUCUUCAGAGUACCCCCACAGAGGACCCGUCAGCCAUGACCAACCUCUAUAUCCUGACUGGCCAUGAAAGCAGCUACUGAGAGAAGGGAGAAAAGGACUGAAAGAAAAUAAUAGAUAUUGGGAUUUAAGUAAGAAGAGAAGAAGAGUGUGUCUUGAGAMGGGAAGUGCUUCUCUGGCACCUAAUAAACUCACUGUAGACUUGUCUCAAACUGAACUAACCCCCUCUACCUGCAUAUGGGGAACAGACAGACCAUGGGGGACUCUCACACACUAAACCACAGGGAGAUAACUGAGCUGGUGUGUGUUUGAGGAAGGACUUGUAAAAAAAGACUUGUCAGAGAGAGCCCCCUGUCGUGACCUCUAACCCCUUGAAUGGCACAAACUACUUUUAACCUUACACAACCCCAUUGUCUAUUUUUACUGGUAUGACUGAUAACUGAAGUCUGACCUGUCUCCUGAAACAACAUUGUGAARACCACCCUGCUCUGUCCAUUAACUGUAGUAUUACUAUGUGACGUCAUGGCAUAGGUGGCGCCGCUCCAAGAUGUCAACAUAAAUAGUUUAGAAAAUAUGUGCCAUAGAAUCAGAGUGCCAAUACAUUCUAAAAGUGCUUUGAAAGACUUUACUGAGAUCAAUUUAAAGGCCUGUUUCCCAGACCCAGAUGAAGACUAUUCCAGCACUAAAAAGGGCUUGCAACAUGUGUUUUUUUCCACAAAGUGCUCAAAGACUGGUAGUGAUACUAUGUUGUGUUUAAUGAUUUUGGUUUGGUUUGGUUUGGUUGUGCAGUAUGAGGCCUAAUGUAACACUCAUCAUCCAUGAAAUACACUUGAAGGAGCAUGCA